AUGGCUGUAGGAGGCUGGUUUAGCGGAGGUGCGCAAUCAUCGCUGCUUCAUGCCUACCUGGAGACAUCUGGAGUCAGUGUGAAGGCGACACCAGUUGAGGAUCAGCACAAGCAGCGGCGACCAUCAUUUAUUUGGCAACGAUGUCAACACCCCACGAAACAACAACCACAAAAGCGAAGCGACUGUGGAGCCGAUGCCACCAAAGAAUCGGUGUGCGUCGACAAUGGCGUGGAACGUAGGCCCUGGACCACGUGGAUGCCCGCGUUGUGCGCCGGUGUCGUGGCCGUGCUGUGUUACGUGAACUCGCUGGAUGGUGAUUUCGUGCACGACGACAUGGUGGCCGUGGUCGGUAACCCCGACGUCACAGGAGAGAAUAGACGACACGCUGCAUCUUCGUCGUUGUCGUCGCUUUGGAUGAACGAUUUCUGGGGGCGACCGAUGGCGGAUCCUCGAAGCCACAAGUCGUACCGGCCGCUCACAGUGCUCACUUUCAGAGCCAACUACUACGUCAAUGGGCGGCAGGUGCGUGGCUACCACGUUGUUAAUGUCACCCUGCACUGCGCAUGCUCAGUGUUGGUGGCUGUCGUCGCACGCCGUGUGAUGAGAAUAACUGCGCUCCAUGCGUGCCUGGCCGCGAUGCUGUUCGCUGCUCAUCCAGUGCACACCGAGGCCGUGUCGAGUAUAGUGGGCCGUGCCGAGGUGCUGUGCUGCCUCUUCUUUUUGCUGUCUCUCCUCUGCUACCACCGGCCAGUCUGCAGAUACUGUAUACGAGACAUUGCCUACCGAUGCAUCACGGAUUGUGAGCUUGUGAAGCUCACGGCACUGACGAUAUUGCUGCUGUGCUUCAGGCUAUGUAUUCUGCAAGGAAGUUUACCCGAAUUCACCGAGAUGGACAACCCUGCGUCCUUCUCGUCGACGAGUGCAACCAGGCUGCUGACUUACAGCUACCUGUGUGCCUUCAACGCCUGGCUAGUGCUGUGUCCACACACCCUGUCAUACGAUUGGCAGAUGGGCAGUAUACCUCUGGUGACGUCACCGAGUGACUGCAGGAAUCUGGCUACACUGGCGUUACUCGCUUCGCUAUUGACUCUCGGCUGGCGGGCUUUGACGACAAUAAAAAUAAAAAGCAGCCCUGCCGGUGGAUCAAGAGAACAACUGUGUUCCUACAACAAUAAUGAGCGGCUGCGCGGCCAUUCAUUAAGACUACUGGUGCCCCUGCUCCUGACAGUGCUGCCAUUCCUUCCGGCAUCCAACCUAUUCGUCACCGUUGGCUUCGUUGUAGCUGAGAGAGUCCUCUACAUUCCCAGCAUAGGCGUCACUCUGCUGGUGGCUGAAGGGAUGUCCCGCCUUCACACGUGGUGCUCUAGAGCACUCCGGUGGUGCACCACGAGCCCCUGCUUCAUUCUAGUGGUGCUCUUCACAGCACGCACCUGGAACCGGAACGGCGUGUGGGCAUCCAGGGAAGCCCUGUUCGAAUCUGGUAUAAGAGACCUUCCGGGAAACGCAAAGAUGCAUUACAAUUACGCUAAUUUGCAGAAGGACACAGGAAACUCGGACUUGGCCAUCAAACACUACAGGCUAGCAAUCGAGUUGUGGCCAGAUCAUGCCAGCGCUCACAAUAACUUGGGCACUGUGCUUACAUCGGCGGAAGAAUCUGAACAUCACUUUCGAUACGCCUUGCACGUCAACCCAAACCACCCAGGAGCUCAUUUCAACCUGGCCAAUAUCUACAGUAAGCAAGGCCAAAAAGAUGUCGCAAGAGCCCUGCUAAAGCGUGCUGUGGAGCUUGACCCCGAUUUUAGCGAGGCCUAUUCGUCGCUUGCUGUCCUCGCGGCUAAUAGAGGUGAUUUAUCUGAAGGCGAGAAGCUGCACAAGAUGGCAUUAAAGAGCGACGACAGAAAUGCCGAUGCCCGGAUUAACUACGGCACAUUCCUUCAGUCACAGGGCCGUGCUAAAGAGGCCAUGGCACAGUAUCAUCAAGCUCUCGACAUCCAAGAAAACCACACCGUGGCACUUCUGAACGCAGCUAAGAGCCUUCGGAGCAUGAAUCUAAACAUGCAGGCCGAAAGCCUCUACAAGAGGGCCCUUGCUGCUGAGCCAGAUCCGCAGGUGAUGGACAACCUCGCUGUGUUCUACGUCAGCGCUGGCCGACUGGAUGAAGCAAGAGAGCUGUUCAAGGAUAUAGAUAAGCGUUUCCCGGACCACCGCGACAGCAAGGUUCACUAUGCUCAGCUCCUAAUUCAACUUCGAAGUUUUCGAGCUGCUGAGGACCUUCUGCUCGACGUGAUCGACCACAACAGCACUGACAGAGGUGCCUUGCACACGGCUGCCCUGUUAUACCACCACAUCAACCAAACAGUCGAGGCACUGGACUACAUAUUAAAGGCUCCAAAGUUGUGCGCUGUUGACGACCUCUUAUGUGCAAAAAUACACAGCGACCACGGUGACAUACUGAAGGACUUAAAUGACCUCAGCUCAUCGGCACAGAGCUAUCAAGUCGCCAUUCGUCUGGAUCCUGAUCUUGCUCACGCUCAUCUGAACCUUGCGGUGAUCAGGCACUUGGAGAGUGACUACCCAGCUGCAUUUCGACACUACCAAGUGGCCCUCUCUCUGGAUCCAAAGAACAAGCUCAUCGUAGACAACAUGGCCAAGUUGAGGCGACGAAUUGCUAGGCCACUGGCCUUCCACGACUGCGUUUAGUGCUGGUGCUUCGUCGGAGUGCAAUCACCGCGCCGCUUAUCGGCGUAUAUACAUUCACGCUAUGCCUUCUCAAGCGGCUUCACAUGUUCCGCAAACAUUACCAGUGAGCAGGCAGACGUUCCGUUUAAUUAGCUCGAAGUG